AACGAAGACUUUGUCUUGGCUGGCGCGUUGUUGGAGGUAGGGUGAAGUUGGGUGUGCGUUGAAUAUAAAUUUUUAAAUAUAGAAAAGCUUGAUAGAUACUUAGUUGAAUUAUCAAAGACGUAAGGAUAUAAUGAGUUAUGGUAGUAGAGGUCCUCCUUGUAUUGAUGGUAUGACUUCGUUAAAAGUGGAUAAUUUGACGUACAGAACAACAGCAGAAGAAUUGAAACGUGUUUUUCGUAAAUAUGGCGACGUUGGGGACGUGUAUAUUCCUCGACACCCAUUUACGAGGGAUAGCCGUGGUUUCGCCUUUGUCAGAUUUUAUGACAGUAGAGAUGCAGAAGAUGCAAUGGAUGCUUUGGAUGGAUAUCGUUUAGAUGGCCGAGAACUGAGAGUACAAAUGGCAAGGUACGCUAGACCGACAGAAACAUGGCGAGGGCCACCAAGGGGAGGGAGAAACAGGGGAAGAGGGGGACGCUCACGAUCUCGUUCUCGUGGUCGUCGUUCAAGGUCUCGUUCAAGAAGAUCACGUACUAGGUCACGAUCAAGAUCUCGGUCUAGACGACAUCGUUCUCGAUCAGGAAGCGACAGGAGGAGGAGGAGGUCUCGUUCCAAGUCACGUUCUAAGAGUCGUAGCCGUAGCAAAAGUAGGUCGAGAAGAGACAAGAGUGCCAGCAGGAGUCCUUCUAAAAGACGAGAGGAAGAGAGGGAAAGUCGUAGCGUUAGUCGCAGCAAGAGCAGAAGUGCAAGUAAGAGUCCGGUGAAGGAAAACAAUUUUGAAGAUGAAGAAAAUCACGUGGAACGAAGUAGAAGUCGGAGCAAGAGUCGGAGUCCAAGUCGAGAAAGAAAAGAGGGCGUGGAAGAGGAAAAUGAGAAGCAGGAGAGCGAAACUGAUGACAGAAGGGAGAGCAGAAGUAGAAGUGGAUCAAAAAGUCCCGAAGCAGAGUAAUUUGUGUCCUUAUGAAAUAGUAGAUGACUUGUAAGAAAUGGUUGAGAUCCUGAGUAAAAAAAGGAGCUUUUACUGAUGCAACGGUUCAUAGAAGGUUACGUGUUUGUCGUUUUUCUUGCUUUUUUUUAAUUCCUAAGUUGUCUUCUGCAUGUCAGUAGAUAGUGUUAAAAAUAUUAAAACUGUAUGUUAAGAUUUAUACCAAUUCCACUUCAGUGUAAAAUUUGCUGACCCGGGUCGUAGGGUAGUCUGACCACGUGUAACGGAUUAUUUCAAAGUGGGAUACGUUACGGUUACACAAAAGAAAAAUCGCAUUAUUUCAGUUCCAACAGUGGAAGUUAAUUACUAUUCACACUUUUCGUGGUUGAUUAGAAAAAAAAUUGCUGUUGAUGGAAACUGUGGGUAUUGGUUAAAUGUUAUUAAAAUCAGCAUGGAUUUAAUCUGUUGUUCAACUUAGAUUACUUUCUUUCUGACUACUGGAUGUAAUUUUCUCAUCUGUUUUAUGUUGUUCUGCUUUAGCUCUUGAUCAUAAAUUACUUUGUUAGAAUUUCAAUUUAAAAACAAAACAAAAUUGUAUAAUUAAUAUUCUAAUUAAGUUUCUCGUUAUUUUUCCUUCAAAAGUAAAAUGAUAGGAAAAAUGUCGAGAACUGUUGACAGGAAAUGGGAAUUUAGUUACCAACGGUUAAGGCACUAUACGGUAGUCUCGUACUACCUUUUAAAAAAAAAAGUUUUGUCAGAUUUCAUACAUGUGCAGCAUCUUUUUUUCUGUUAGUACUUACUUAGAAAAAAAAACCAUCAAGAUUUUAACUUUUUUUUUAGCCUUAACUGUCUUAAGUGUUUGCCAAAUGUGGUAUUGUAUUGUUAACUUUUCGAGGCCAUUAGGCUUUCUUCGUUACUCGAUGUGUAGUGUCUGUAUUUUUCAGACUUUGUGUAUCAGAAUCAUAACUCGGUUGUCAUGCUGAGCUUUAAAGCUGUACUCCUGUUCUACGUAUGAUUUUAGGAAAACGUUUGAUGGAAGUCUAUAUGUAUUAAAAAGUACAACAACAUCUGGUGUAAAAUAUGAUCAUAUUUUAUUUCUGGAAACAGUUUAAUGAAUUUUUAAAAUUAUUUUUUUUCAUGUUUUAACCAGAGUAAACGAAAGUUAUGAAAAUACACACAAUUUUAAAUAAACAAACUUGAUAGAAUAUAGAGAAAGAUGUCACCUGGUGUACCAAUAUCGAUGUACUUUCCUUUUGAGGUACUGAUUGAAUAUUUUUCUGUUUUAUUCAAUAGGUACUUGGUUCAGUUAAAAACAGUUCUAUGAAGAACGGAGAAACACUUAGUAAUAAUAAUAAAAAAAAUUGGUUGUAUCAGAAAAUAUUUUUUUUUUCUUUUAAGGUAUGGUUUAAAAAUGUCUGUGGUUUUCGUGCCGAAGGGGGGUUUAAUCAAGAAUUAAGGCUGUUGUAGCCGAACUUGUAGUUUUUUUUUUUUCUUGUUACAUGUAUUGUUUGGUUUCGUUGACAAAAAAAACCACGCAAGUGGCCAAAAUCUUUGUACUUUCUUUUGCCAUUGCUAUUUCUGGAAAAUCAUAACGAAUAAAGAUUACUUCUAUAAAAUCUAAAAACAUCAAACUGUGAGUAAGCCUACAAAUGUUGAAAUCGAGACGAGAACGGUAUCUAACCAAAUCAAGUUUUGUUCAGUACUUUUUACAGAGAGUAUUCAGUGUACUGUAUAUAACACUAAACCCUUUGGAAACUGUUACUACACUAGUUAGUCAUGAUUUAAAUAUAGUGGAGUGUUUGAGUAUCAUUUACAGUAACACAUGAUACCAUGUGCUUUUCUCCAGUGCAGAACCCAAAGUUGAUGCUUUAUUGAUAACACUUACAAGGUGAACAGGAAACUACACCUUAUCCUGUGGUGAUUUUUUUAUUACUUAAAGCAAUCUUGAUGGUAGUAAUAUAAUCUGUAUUUGUUUAAACUAUUGUCAAAAAAAACAACAACAAGAACCUAAAUGUAUCUUUUUUUGGAAUCGUUACUCAUAAAACAUAGGUGUUUAAAUAGGAAUUAACUUGAGUUUAAGAGAGGCACGACUUUAAAGUGAAAGAUAUCUGCUUGUCUAUUUCGUCAGUAUUUGUAUGAAGUAGAUUGGUGAUAUCGAGAUAUGUAAUUGUUAGUGUUUUACAUUUUAGAACUUGACUUUUAAGUAAGUUUCAGUGGGGCAUCACGUCCAUUUUAAAAAGGCAGUUUGUGUGGUGUGAAUGUAAGCUUUUGAGUUACUAUUUUUUUUUUUUCAAAGCUGUAGCUUAAGUAUACCGUAACUUCUGACCAUAAUUCUUCAAACUUUGUUGAACAGGAAGACUUAACCAUGGUUUAUGUUAUAAAUUUAGUUUUUAAGUGCUUGAUCAUAAAGUUAGAAUAUUGGAUAUUAAUGUUCAUAUGAAUGUGUGUGUUUGUGUUUAUGUUGAUUACUACAAUAAAAUUUCACAGUCUUUCAAGUGUGAUUCUAAUUUCUCACGUACGUUUUUCCACUAUCUGUAACUACAGGGGCUGUAGUAAGCAGUAAAGGUGGUAUGGUGGCUGGGUUCGAGUGAGACCAGAACCUGGUGACUACCAUGUUCCUGAGCCAGUUUGCUGUUUCCCCUGCCUGCCUGCAGAGGGCUGCUGUGCACCAGGUUCACUUGCAGAAAGUCGAGGUCGAGUUGUUGCAGUCAAACAGACGUGUGUACGGGUAGCAGGAGCUGUUUCAGAGCCUUUUUUUUUUCCAUUUGCAAUCAUGACCUGGCUUAUUCUAGUUAAAAAAAAAAAGAACACUAGUUUUUGAACAGGGUUUAUUCAGAGAAUUCUAGCGUACAUACGUCACAGUUUUUUUAGGAAUACUUCAGCUAAGCUGGCACGAGUUGUAAGAAUAGUGCAGAGUUAAAUUGUUGUUUUUUUGUUGUUUUUUUCAAGCUGCUGUCUUUCCCACACUUCUGGUGAAAAUUCUAGUUGUGAUGUGUUUAAAAUGACAGCAAACUUUUAGGAAACAAACAAAAUUGGACUAGUAGAUAACAGUUACAGUAUUCACAUCCUUAAGUAAAACAUCAGUACUGUUGGCAUAAGUUUCAUCUCACAAUUUGCAAAAAUUGAAUCAACUUUUUUUUUUUAAGAAUCAGUUGAAGUUUAUAGUUUGGGACCUCUGUCCUAUGACAAGUAUUUUCAAAUAUUGCUCACAAAGCUACUUUAUAAGAGUUCUAUAAUUCUGGAAAUAUCUCGGCAUGGUCGGUCUCUCGGGACCAUAUCAAAAUAUUGUUUGUUUAAGUUUCGUGUUAGUCAACAUAUGUUAACCCAUUGACUGCGGCUGCUCUAAACGCGCGUGGAACCUUUGCAAACCGUGCACUAUAUACACGGCACACUCGCAUUCAGCUGCAAUAGGCGGACGAUACCCUACACAGCGAAUCGGUAGUCAAUGGGUUAAGAUUUACCCAUAACGAUAUACAGGUGUAUUUGUAGCAUUUAUUGUGUACAAUAUUGUAUUUAAAGAUUUAAAAUCUAAUUAUUAUAAUUUGUAGUCAUGCAGUAAACAUUUGUCUAUUUAGAAAGCAGAAUGAAUUUUGUUGCCGAGGUUGAUUUUGUGAGAUGCAAAAGAAUGUCAUUUUUUAAUCUAGCACCUUAGUAGGUUAGUUUUGUGGGUGAGGGGGUUUCUUGUCUGCUUUUUUAGAAAUUCAUAACCUUAGUCGUUUAUACGUUCGAUUUGUUUCCUUCACAUACAUCCACGUGGGUCAGUAAUUUUCGUUCAGAUCUUUGUGCUACAUUUCCUACUUCUAUGGCUUCGUAAAUUGUAUAUUUUUGGCGUCUCUUUAAAUUUAACCAAACGAUCCAUCAGUUAUUUGAAAUUUGUUUUUUAAAGUGAUUUUUUAUUUAUUUUCUGUGAACUAUCUGAAGAAAAGCUUUGUUUUACAACAUUAUUGCCAUGUGGUUGUAGAAAAUGGUGUUUUUUCAAGUUAGUCUCACUCUAACAGUUGGCUCCUUUUUCUUGCAAGAUUCCUGAGCACGAGUCAUCUCUAGUUUUGCUCAAGCAGUUCAAAUUCUGUGUGGUGUAUUGGUAAUGUAUCAGUCAUUGUUGAAAAAUGUACAUUCUAGGGGGGAUUUACUUGCAAAAUUUAUCGGUGGAUUUAAUGUAUGGCCCAGGGUUUUUUUAGUUGAAUGUCACUGCUAAACAAAAUAGGGAACUUUCUUUUUGGCAGACUCCAGUUUUCGUCCGUGCAAGGAUAAAGAAAAACCUUGACAACUGACAAAAGGUUUUGUUUUUGCCUGUGGUGCUACGAAAGUUUUCACAAGGACUUUUCUAGCUAGCGAAUAUGCUGGUAAUAAUCUUGUUUACAGCUGAGGUUUUCUUUGAGAGGUUUGUUAUUAAGACCUGCUUGUAUUCUUAACAGUGCAUUCAACUAGCAGAGGUGAUUUUUAGUUACAUUGUUAUUUGUUCGACUGAUUAUGUUGUCUAAUUUGUGGGUUGAAAUUUAGUGAAUAAAUUUGGAACUUCUGGACUGAAAUCAACAUGGAAUCCUCAGGAUUUAAAAGGCAUGUGAAAGUUAUUUAAGGAAAUGUUACAUCUACAACUAAAAUGUUUUGUACUUUAAAGUGAGGUUAGUUUGUACUAAAGAUAAAGAAUUAUCUGAAUACAAGGAUUAAUAUGGCCUGUGUUUUCAGGUCGGUAACCAAGUUUUAGUGGGAAUUCCUACACUCAGAAAAAAAAAAAAAGAUUAUUGCAAGGCAUGACAAUUAGCCUGCAAGGAUUGAUUUUAAAUUAAGCUAUAAAUUUAUGAAAUGUGAAGUAUUAUCCUAAUAAUGAACCACAACGAUCUGGUAGUUCUAACAAUGAUUCAGUUGAGUUUAUUUUAGAGUUUCUGUUGGGCAGUUUCGUGUUCAACAACUUCAGUACCGAAGAUAAAGGAAAUGGCGGCCAGGAUUACAUCAAGCUUGGACUAAUUUAUUGAAACAAAUCCAGCGUCGUUGAAGAUUUCCAAAAGUUUGGCAGUCAACCCAUUAAUACACUGACAAGAUAAACCUGUUAAAUGUUUUGGAGCCUAUCUGUACCUUUCUUGUGUUUGUUGUUCAUCAUUAUUAUCAUGUCACUCUUCUUUCUUAAUGUUGUGAGACAUUUCUGUAAACUUAUUAUUUUAUGUACGGUUUUCCCUUAAAUGUGGUUAUUAGACCAUUUCUCUAAUUUUUGCUUUGCAAGGGAGACUGGAACUUUAUUUUUUUUUCCCAUGUUCAAGUUGUUAAAUAAAUAUUAGUAAAACCUUU